CACGUUGAUUGAUAUGAGGAGAAAAGACGUGGGACAGUCUUGGAAAUAUGCUGCAUCUGUUUACUGCCAAAAUAAUCUCUCCUCUGGAAUCCCUUCACUCCUCAGAACUCACUUCACUCCUCAGAACAGCUUAUCAUUGAAUGGCUAUGGCGCUGCCUGUAGCCUUUCUAUCUGAAGACCAGUUCACCUGCUCGAUCUGUCUGGAGGUGUUCAACAACCCAGUCUCAACACCAUGUGGCCACAGCUUCUGCCAGGCCUGCAUCUCCUCCUACUGGGACGGAGGAGGAAGGGGCACCUUCCAUGAGUUUUAUGAGUGUCCCCUCUGCAAGGAGUCCUUCAGAAAGCGACCAGAGCUCCAAAUCAACCGAACCCUGAAGGAAAUUACUGAACAGUUCAAGCAGAUGGCCAACACUGGAGUACCAAUAGAUGAAAGAGGUAGAGGAGGAGUGGAUGUUCCAAACUCAAAAAAAAAUCAUCAUCGCCUGGCCCUGUCUCCACCACAGAGGCUGGGGGAGAUGCCGGAGACCAUCUUUGCUGAGAUGAUGACUCGUUUUCAGCGGCUGUCAACUUCCGGGAUACCUCAGACCACCCUCCCCUAUCUCAAUGACCCUCACCCCCAAAGCCCCAGUCCAGUCAACGCUCAGACGUCCUUCCAUGCUCAGAACAAUGAGCACCAUGACCCGCUUCCACCCUACUCACGUCCUCGCAGGUACACUCUGAGCGGGCCCGGUGACUCUUCACCCAAUCUGCCUCUGUGUCCUGUCCACCUGAGAGGUCUCGAGUUCUUCUGUCAUACUGACAACACCUGUGUCUGCUGCAUCUGUAUGGAGACAGCAGAGCACCGAGGACACCGCGUCAUCCCUGCUCAGAGAGAGUGGCACAUCAAGAAGUCCCAGUUAGGUCUUGCAGAGGUGGAGCUGAAGGAUCUCAUCUGUGAGCGAGAGAGGAAAGUAGAAGAAAUACAAAACUCCUUACGAGAGAUAAAGGCUGCUUCUGAGAGAGAGACAGAUGGAGCUGUCUGUGUCUUUUCCAAGCUGAUCUCCAGUUUGGAGCAAUGCCAAGCUGAAGUCUUGGAGGUGGUAGAAAUGAGUCGGCGAGCGGCUGAGCACCGAGCUCAGGGCCUGUUGAGAGAGCUGGAGGAGGAGAUAGCUGAGCUAAAAAAUAGAAGUACAGCACUGAGCCAGCUGGCUCUGUCUGAAGACUACGUACUCUUUCUCAAGUUGUUCCCUACCCUGUCCGCCACUCCAUCAGCUAAGGACUGGUCCAGUGUCUCUGUGGUGUCGGAGCUGACCUCAGGGGUGAUUCUCAGGACUGUCACCCAAAUGAUGGAGCGCUUUCAGGAAGAGAUGCAGAAACUGCCAGAAGUCUGCCAGCGAUCCUCAUUGGGCCAGUCUGUACCCAGGCCCAACCCAAAGACAAGAAGGGUUCAAGAAUAUGCAGCCAACAUCACUUUAGACGCCAACACAGCACACCCACGUCUCGUCAUCUCAGCAGAUGGGAAGCAGGUGCACUGUGGUGACCGCCAUCAGUUGGUACCUGACAACCCUGAGCGCUUUGACCGGGUGGUGUGUGUGCUAGCCCAUCAGGGCUUCAGCUCAGGACAGCAUUACUGGGAGGUGGAGGUGGGAGAAAAGACUGACUGGGACCUGGGAGUGGCAAGCCGUUCCAUCAAUCGGAAGGGCAAAAUCACUGUAAGCCCCGCCCAUGGCUACUGGUUCCUCAGCUUGCGAGAUCGGAGCGACUACGCCUUCCGAACAGAACCUUCAACCGCCUUGACAGUCAGCCAUAGACCCUCCCGGAUUGGAAUCUAUGUGGACUGUGAUAAAGGACUGGUGUCCUUCUACAACGUGGAGGCCAGACUGCUCAUUUAUACAUUCACAGAUAUUUUUUCUGACACUAUCCAUGCGUUUUUCAGCCCCUGUACUAAUAAAUCAGGACGGAAUAAGGCUCCACUAACCAUUGUUCCUGUUGCAAAGACGGAAUGAAAUGGGCCAACAAGUUAAAGACACAUUUACUAAUGGGGAAUGCUCCUACAUGCCUCCAUGUAUGUCAGAAGACUAGAUGCACAAACAUACUUCUAGAACAGAGAUGAUCACAGCUUCACUUCAUUUGUUUAUUGCAUUAGAGUAGAUAAUGAUCCAUUAGCAUGUUAACGUCAUAUUAUACAUGGCCACAGAUAGCAUGUUAACAUUAUGUAUGUAUUAUGAGAAUAGGAUACUGGUUUCAAGAUAAUAACUAUUUAUCCAAAUUCAAAUGCUCAUACAACACGUUUUUUUAAGGAUUCCCUGGCAUCUGUUUUUGGGCCUAUAGAGCAAGUGUAGUAGAAUCCCUCUGUGGCCGAGCUGGUUUAAAGCAUUCAAAUUAAGGAUUUCCUCUGAGUGAGCAGUCUGACUUCCUAUUGGCUCAGGAAGUUGGAUUUCUUUCCCCAACAAAUAAGAUUAGAGAUAAAUUGGACCUACUGAGGCAUUUGUGUGAGCAGUAGUCUUGGGAAAGGUUUUCUGUAGCAUUAUAAAUAAACACAAUAUCAUGAGUAACAUAGACUUACUGUAUUUGAUUUUCCCCCACAAAUUCUAUAAAUACGCACUUUCAUUUUAUGGGCUAUGUAUACGUCGUCCUUGUCUCCCCCUCUUUCGACUCCAACCAACCUCCAAUUUCCAGAGCCAAUCGUUUAGAAGAAAUCAGCCUGAGUUUCCAAUGUGAGCCUAUGAGCGUUCAGAAAAUGGCGAGGGGAGGGUCUAGAGCCAGGACAACAGGCAGAAGUACUGUUUUUAAAACAUUAUUACUCAUCAUCAAAAUGACAGAAACGUUCUUAAGGUCUCAUACAAUAUUGAGUUACUUCUUGAAAAUAUUUGGACUUUUUGAAAGGUUUCACAUAUUUACAGAGGCACUUUUUCUGAUGUGAAUGUGAGUGGAAAUUCCCAGCUGUCCAGAAUAAUGUGAGCCGUCAUGGUAAUCUGUGUCUACUGACAAUUUUUUCAAGAUUUCUGCGCAUUUAUAUUUUAUUGGACUUUUUACUGUGCUGUGUGUCGGGAAUGUCUGGAAUACAGUGAGUGUACUAUAAAGCGCAAAUUGGCUUUUUAUCGAACCACGCAUUACUGACCAUGUUUACACUUUACACACUAAUCAAUCAAACUGUACACCAAAAAACAUAGGUAAAAAAGGCUUUUGAUUUUAUUUUGGCAAGAGGUAUUAUAAAAUUGGUGUAGUGGGUGUCGGAAAUAAAGUUUUUUAGAUAGUAGAUUUAAAGUUUAUUACAUUAGUCUGAAGGAUGAACAAUGGAAUGGGUGAAGUACAUAACUGUGUGAUGACUUGUGAUUUCAGGAAGAACUGUAUAAAAUGCCUUUUUUGUAAUAAGCAUGGCUCAAACGUCUCCUGUCUGAGGACAGAAACUAUUGUCCUUUUGGUGGCUUAAAGAUUGUAUGUAAGGACAGCUACUUUUAAGGGAUGAGAGAGAACACUGGCAUCUUCUCCUGUGCGCACGUAAUAAAGGUUUUGAUUCAUCA